UUUUGACUGAAUAUAAGGUGCUUAUAAGAGAAGCAAGUCACUUCAGAGGCUACGAUGUCAGUCAAUUACAAAAUUUUCGGUCAAGCCAAUUUCUUUAUAAUCUAAAUUUCUGAAAUACCAAAGCUUUUCAUUCUGAAGAAAGAGAGAGGAAAAAACCGAAAAUGGAGAAUAUGUUAGGCCUUCUAAGACUUCAUGUGAUUAGAGGUGUUAAUCUCGCCAUUAGAGAUUCUAAGAGUAGCGAUCCUUACGUCAUUGUUCGAAUGGGUCAACAGAAAGUACGAACUCGUGUGGUGAAAAAGAAUUUGAAUCCAGAAUGGAACGAAGAUUUGACACUCUCUAUUUCUGAUCCAGUUCUUCCUAUCAAAAUCAUGGUUUACGAUAGGGACUGGUUCUCAAGAGAUGAUAAGAUGGGAGAUGCGUUUUUUCACAUUGAUCCAUUCCUUGAAGCCAUCAGGAUCCAAAACCAGUUCAGAGGACUCCCCGAAGGAACUGUAAUAAUGAAGAUACAGGCAAGCAGGCAGAACUGUCUAUCAGAAGAGAGCAAGAUUGUGUGGAACAAAGGAAAGAUUGUCCAGAAUAUGUUCCUUAAGCUCCAGAACGUUGAGUGUGGAGAGGUCGAGAUUCAGCUUGAGUGGAUCGAUGUCUCAGGUCUUCUGAGUAUAAAGGAGGAUGAGGAUGUUGCUUACUAGAUCUAUUUUUAUAUUACAGGAAGUUUGUUAGAAAAUAAACUAGUUAUGAAGCUGGCGUGGGAGGGGCUUCGGUCUCCAUAUAGAGAUGAUGUAUGGGUUUCAACUUUUCUCAAAAAAAAAAAAUGUAUGGGCUUUAAACCAAAACUCCCCCAAUUUUUUUUUUUAUAAAUUGAAAAGAAAAAAACUCUUUUCUGGUUUUGUGUUCUUAUUCUAACAAGAAAAACAUAACACACUUUGUUGUAGAGAGAGGAAAAAAGGAAUGAGAUGAAAUCAAGUAGAUAGCAUAAGAUGAGAUGGAGAAACUGAUUUUUUCCUCAUUUUGCACAACAUCUACUACAUAUUCAUAUAAGAAAAUCAGAGUAAUGAACUCUGUUUUCUCUACCCUUACACAUGUUAAUAUGUUAUAGAGCCCCAUAAAGCUACCACUCUAGACACCUCCACUUUUCAGCAAAAGAAACAAGCAACUUCAAGAACUUGAACAAUUCAAAAUAAACAGUAAAACUUCAACAACUUCCUUGACUUGUUGUACUUUGUUUUCUUUCAUUAUUCUCACUUGUUUUGUUGAUACCAUUGUGCAGGAUUAACAAAUGUGAGAUUUCAGCAUACUUCUGACCAUUGUUUUGUUUUCAACACUUUAAUUGCAUCUUAUUGAAAGAGAGACUUGCUUGGGUCCUGUUUAGUAAUGACAAAUGGUGAUCAUCAAAUGUGAAAAGAUCAAGAAUCGAUAUGCUUGCAUCUAAGUUUGAAAAUCUGCAGAUGGAGGAAAAUGAAUCACUUGAGGAACUCAGUGGAAAACUGAAUGCAAUAGCAAAUGAAGCACAAACAAUGGGAAAGACAUACAAAGACAAAAGCUUGGAAGAAACUUCUCAGAUGCUUAAAUCCAAGAAUACAGCUAUGGACACUGCAUUAGACACUGACACAAUGGAUUUUGGUGAAGUCACGGGCCACUUACAAGCAUAUGAGAUGAGUGAGAAACUCAAGUGUAGAGGGUGAAUUCGACCAUCCCUCAAGGCCCGAAGAACAGACGGCCCGGCCCACGGACGCAACGAUGGCUCGGCGUGAUGGCUCGAAGCGCGUGUCUCUCGGCGUAAAAUGGGAGAGCUUUCGGUCGACUCCUCGGCUAAGCGUCCCCGACUUAACGGCUCUCCGAGACAGCAUGGGCUUCUCGGCCCAGCGAGUUAGGAGCCCACGAAGACGAUGCAAACUAGGUCACGGGAGAGCAUGAGGUUAGCUAUAUAAGGUGAGGGAGAUGCAACGUAAAGGGGAUCCGAAAUCACUGAUACACACUGGGCGGCUAGAUUAGGGUUUUACCUUUGUUAUCUCGCCUUGUCGUAUCUCUCCGGUAAAGCCUUUGAGGCUCCGGUACCUUUCCUUUCACGCAUUUCCUUUUCUUGUAACCGACGAAACGUUCUUCCGACCAUUAAUAAGACGUCUUUGCCUAA